ACGGGAAAGAACUCACUGCUUAAAUACAGACGACAUCAUUCAUUCAGUAUCAUUUAGCAAAUGUACAGUGCGAAAGAAGGACAUCAAGAAUUACCUAACGUGUGUCAAGCUACUCAAGUAAUUCGCCUGGGAUAAUUUACUGAAAGACUUCCUGACUAGACCGAGCGAACUGCUGUGAAUGAUGAGACUGGUCCUUUUCUGGCUGGUGGUGGUCGGCACCGUCUUUGCGGAUGAUGAUGACAAGAGGGACAGUGUUGGCACGGUGGUGGGAAUUGAUCUCGGAACCACGUAUUCUUGUGUGGGAGUCUUCAAAAACGGUCGUGUAGAAAUCAUCGCCAAUGAUCAAGGAAACAGAAUCACCCCUUCGUAUGUGGCCUUCACCGCUGAGGGAGAGCGUCUCAUUGGUGAUGCUGCUAAGAACCAGCUGACCUCCAACCCCGAGAACACUGUUUUUGACGCAAAGAGAUUGAUCGGUCGCACUUUUGCCGACUCCGCUGUGCAGCAGGACAUCAAGUUCUUUCCUUUCAAGGUCAUUGAGAAGAAGACCAAGCCCCAUAUCCAGCUUGAUAUUGGUGGCCAGAUGAAGACUUUUGCGCCUGAGGAGAUCUCUGCCAUGGUUCUUGUAAAAAUGAAGGAAACAGCAGAGGCAUACCUUGGAAAGAAGGUCACCCAUGCAGUGGUCACUGUUCCUGCUUACUUCAAUGAUGCCCAGCGUCAGGCCACAAAGGAUGCUGGAACCAUCGCCGGUCUGAAUGUCAUGAGGAUCAUUAACGAGCCAACCGCAGCUGCCAUUGCCUAUGGGUUGGAUAAGAAGGGUGGUGAGAAGAACAUUCUGGUGUUCGACCUUGGUGGUGGUACCUUUGAUGUGUCCCUCCUGACUAUUGACAACGGUGUGUUUGAGGUCGUGGCCACUAACGGAGACACCCACUUGGGAGGUGAAGACUUUGACCAGCGUGUCAUGGAGCACUUCAUCAAGCUGUACAAAAAGAAGACUGGCAAGGAUGUGCGCAAAGACAACCGUGCUGUUCAGAAGCUGCGUCGUGAAGUUGAAAAGGCCAAGAGAGCUCUGUCUGCACAACAUCAAGCACGUAUUGAGAUCGAGUCUUUCUUCGAGGGUGAAGACUUCUCUGAGACCCUGACUCGUGCCAAGUUUGAGGAGCUCAACAUGGAUCUCUUCCGUUCCACCAUGAAGCCAGUGCAGAAGGUUAUGGACGAUUCUGACCUGAAGAAGCCUGACAUUGAUGAGAUUGUGCUGGUCGGUGGCUCCACUCGUAUUCCCAAGAUCCAGCAGCUGGUUAAGGAGUUAUUCAACGGAAAGGAGCCCUCCAGAGGCAUCAACCCUGACGAGGCCGUGGCUUACGGGGCUGCUGUGCAGGCUGGCGUGCUUUCCGGAGAGGAGGAUACAGGUGACCUGGUUCUUUUGGAUGUGUGCCCCCUGACUCUUGGUAUUGAGACAGUUGGAGGAGUGAUGACCAAGCUUAUCCCCAGGAACACCGUGGUGCCAACCAAGAAGUCUCAGAUCUUCUCUACAGCCUCUGACAACCAGCCCACUGUCACCAUCAAGGUCUAUGAAGGUGAGCGCCCUCUGACCAAGGACAACCAUCUGCUGGGUAACUUUGACCUGACUGGAAUUCCUCCAGCACCCCGUGGUGUGCCACAGAUUGAGGUGACCUUUGAGAUUGACGUCAAUGGUAUCCUCCGUGUAACUGCUGAAGACAAGGGAACCGGCAACAAGAACAAGAUCACCAUCACCAACGACCAGAACCGUCUGACCCCAGACGACAUCGAGAGGAUGGUGAAUGAUGCUGAGCGUUUUGCUGAUGAAGACAAGAAGUUGAAAGAGCGCAUCGACUCCCGCAACGAGCUGGAGAGCUAUGCUUACUCCCUGAAGAACCAGGUGGGUGACAAAGAGAAGCUGGGCGGCAAGCUGUCUGACGAGGAUAAAGAAACCAUUGAGAAGGCCGUGGAGGAGAAGAUUGAAUGGAUGGAGGCCAACCAGGAGGCUGACAUCGAAGAAUUUAAGGCCAAGAAGAAGGAGCUGGAGGAGAUCGUUCAGCCCAUCAUUGGCAAGCUCUAUGGAAACGCCGGUGGACCCCCUCCAGAGGAGGGCGAGGGUGAGCAGGACGAGAAGGACGAGUUGUAGGCGUGGUGCUCACUUCUCCAAACACACACACAAUACACUGUUCUCCCUGACGCCGUGGCCUCUCUGGUAGUGGCACAGGUGUACAUAUUGAACUUGACUUGAGGGACAAUUGUGAGGGAAAGGUUGAAGGGAGGACGAGACCAACGCGAAUCUCCUCUGGAAAAGACUUUUUGGAGCUGUAGAGAAAAAAAAGUGCGGAAAAUGCUCUUCACUUGUAAGUGGAGAUUUAGUCAGCCUGGAUCGAGGCUUACUGCUGUUCUGAGGCAGUCCGAAAUGGGGUUCACUCGGGUGGGCUUAGCGGGGCGGGGGUAGCUGGUUUCAUGGGCAUGUGGGCUGUCAUGUUCUCAUCUUUACAGUUUAUUUAUUGAAAUCUGGCCAUUGUAGAAAAGUGUUUCUACUGGAAAGAAAUGGAAAUAAAUGUUUGAUAAUAAAAA